AUGGAGAUUGCCCUGGAAGCAAGCCUAAAUCAGAAGCAAGUUGACACUUUGUUAGAUCUCAUUGGCCAUGUUGCAAAAGGGGCCACUCAGGUGACUCUCAAGAAUGACAUCAAGUUUCACAAAGCUUGUGAUGCUGCAGCAGCAGAGCUCACACUGUUCUCUAAACAUACAGUUGUCAUGGCAUAUAAGAAGGAAGUGUGGACAUACAAGGUACAUACAUGA